AUGGAAGCGUCCGAGACCACCCCAAAGAUUCGCAUCGCAAUCAUCGGCGCCGGUCUCAUCGGCCCGCGACAUGCAGAACAUGUCGUUGCGAAUCGCAAAACCGAGCUGGUCGCAAUCGUCGACCCGGACCCUGCUGGGAGGCGUCUCGCAGAGGAGCUCAACGUCCAGCACUACUCGUCCACCACGGACUUGAUCGCAGCGGGAGACGUCCCCCACGCCGCAAUCGUCUGCACGCCGAACCACACCCACGGCGCGGUGGCGACGCAGCUGUCUGCAGUCGGCGUCCACGUACUGAUAGAGAAGCCAUUGACCGCGGACAUUGCCAGCGGUGAGGCGCUGGUCGCAGAACUGGCACGGUCGCAAGCAAAAGCCCUUGUCGGCCACCACCGGCGCUUUAGCCCUUACAUCGUCGCCGCAAAGGCGGUGCUAGGGUCCGGCUCGCUGGGCCGGGUCCUCGCAAUCAACGGCCUCUGGACUCUGUACAAGCCCCCGGGCUACUUUGACCCGCCGGGCGAUUGGCGGCGCGGCGACGCGGACGGCGUUAUCCUUAUCAACAUGAUUCACGAGGUCGACUUGCUGCAUCACUUAUUCGGCCCAAUUGCGCGAGUGCAUGCGGAGAGUAUUGCACGACAGCGCGGCCACCGGGCGGAAGAGGGCGCCGCCAUGACCAUUCGCUUCAGGUCCGGCGCCGUCGGCACCUUUCUCAUAUCCGAUGCGACGCCCUCUCCCUUCAACUUUGAGUCUGGCACCGGAGAGAACCCGCUCAUCCCCCAGACAGGAAAAGACUUUUAUCGCAUCUUCGGCACCGAAGGCACCUUGAGCGUCCCGGACAUGACGCUUUGGCGUUAUGAAGGCGUAUCAAAGUCCUGGCACUCGCCCCUGACGGGCGAAACAAUCCCCACGACUGCAACGGUUCCGUUUGCGGAGCAAUUGGCGCACUUUUGUCGCGUUCUGAGAGACGAGGAGCCUCCCAGUUGCACCCCAGAAGCAGGCCUGGCUGCGCUCAAGGUUUGCGCUGCCAUCAAAGAUGCCCUCAGGGACAACACGACUGUCGAAGUAGGGGAAUACUCGCUUGGGUAG